AUGCCCUCCCCGGAUACCCAGCUCCAUGAGCUCUGCAUACAAUCCCGAUUUUACGAGGAAGUCGAUGCUCUCUGGCUGCAGCAGCACCCUCUGGUGGUGUGCGUUCUCCUUGCAGUUGCGGUGCCAGUGCGGGCAGUGGAUGAUAUGGACCGUCGAUAUGCCCUUGACCAGGACGUGGCAGCUUCUGGAUGGAGCACACAGAAGGCACAUGCAAAGGAAGAUCACAAAAGACCGCAUCCCCCCAUGGGUUGGGCGCCAAGGAACCCUUCACGGGCCCGCUUUCCCGCGCUUUUUUUUUUGGGGCAGAUCCUCCGCUGGGUGGGGCUGCAUCGCAUCGUCCUGGCGCCACGCGGUGAGCUGAGCGUGGUGGAGGUCCUGGUUUCCGAGCCGGUCCACUUCUCCCUCUUCAACCCGACCGGUGCCCUUGUGACGGUGGAGGAUGCGAGGUGGGACUGUGCGUCUCGGUGCUUCCUUGGAUCUUGCCUCCGAUACGACAAGGUUGUCCGCGAGGGCAAGAACGCGCAAUACGUCCUCGUCUUCAACAUGGGGGGGACGAUGAGGAUCUACAGGAGGGUGUGGGCCAGGGAUGACGCGACGGCCUUCCGCGUGGAGGUGGGCGGCCUGCAGUUGCAGGCGACGGUGCAGGGCUCCGAGGGUAAGGAUGGCUACACGGUGGGCCUGGACAUCGAUAUGACCGGUGGGUUCAGCAACGGGGACGUUCCGCAGGCCCUGGUCGCCUGGGGCCCUUUCUACGAUCUCAUGACGAGCCAGUACUUCCACCAGGAGGAGUCAUCCUUCCGCGUCCACAACAUGAGUGGGAAGAUGGACCUUCGGGGUGUUUCCUGCAGCACGAACGUCAAGACGAAAGACGUCUUCAAGCCGGAGUACAGGGCGUGCCUGGAUGUGUACGUCAACUGCUUCGGGCGCAUGUCCAACCUCUACCACCUGAGCGGCAACCUGCAGCAUCAGGAUGGGAUGCCCAGCGUGCUCUUCAGGGGGUUCAGGAGCACCCGGGAUGUCGUUGCGACGCUGCAGUCUUCGCUGGUGGAGGAGCUGUGCUCGGAGCCCGUCAUCACCGUCAACAUGAUCGGGGCCAACUGCCACGUCGGCCGGUAUGUGGACACUUCGGAGAUGGGCAUGCUGCAGCGCCUGUUCAACAUGCGAUGGCCCGACUGCGUCCGGUUCAUGUGCCGCACCGAGCAGCACUACAACGUCAUCAUCUUCAGCGUGCAGGACAUGCCCGGCAUGUUCCCCGACCUCCCGCGCAAGUGGGUCGACAACUGCAGUACAUUCAACUGCACCCUGACGCGGAGGGGCAUCCUGUGCGUCCGUGUGUCCUUCAAGAGCCGCCUGCAUUGGACGCUCGAGUGCGAACAGUAUGCGUUCCGGGCGAUGGAGACAGUCAAGGAGUGUGUCAAGUCCUGUGGUGGUGGGCUCCCGCGCGAGGAGGUGGUGCCCGGGAAACUGGUCCUCCGCCGAAGGUCGCACCCGACGUCACCUGGCGUGCUACGCAUUCCCUUACAGUACACCCGAAAACGGAACACCCCGCCCCAGCCGGAAACGGCCCUGUCCGAAGAUCCCAUGAAGUCCAACCUCGGUGCGCUGUUUCCAAGGAUCCGGCGCCCUCGGGACAGAGUUCUUAUGGCUUCCAUGAAUACUUCUUUGAACACCCCCCUGAAUGCUCCCAUGAAUGCUCCCAUCAAUGAUCCUUCCAUGGAUGACGAGCUGGGUAUGGAGAAAGAGGAGAUGAAACUAGAUGAGGCGCUGGACAAGGUCAACCGCACCUUCGCCCCCUCUCGGAUCUUUGUAUGGGUGGUGGAGAUCUCUGUCUUGGUGCUCUUCACAUAUGCCACCUUUACUGCCCUGGGUGGCUUCACCAGCAACCCCACGGGCUCGGUGCCCACGCUGACGUUCUGGGCGCUGGGCUCGGUCGCGUUGGCCACGGCGCUGAUGGUGGUAGGCAUGGUGCUGGCCACCUUCGUCGAAAACAAGAUGAAGAUCACGGACCACCGCUUCCAGUCCGUCGUCAACGGGGCGCUGACGGCGGUGUUGGCGGUGACCGUCACAUGGAUCUUCUACGGUUCUCUGGUCAUUGGGGCGAGAGAUACGCUCUCGGUGAACGAGCAGCUGGCCAAGCUGCUGUUCCCGGUCAUGUUUCCGUGGCAGGACCUUUAUUUUGUACUCUGGACGGUGCUGCUGACCAUCAUCGUGCUGCUCUACCUCUUCCUCUCCGCCGCGACGACCAUGAGGACGAGGGGCAACCGCGUCUUCGUCCACACGAGCUUCACCUUCCACCUCACGGCGAUGACACUGCUGCUGCAGAUGGCGGCCAAUCACGGCACGGUGGUGUGUGACGUGAGGUCGACGCCCUGGAUGGCCGAAACGGGUGACCGCUAUGGGAUCUGGAACCAAUUCUACCUCGUGUUCGGGAUCAUGAACGGGUCCCUGGUGGUCUGCUUCUUGCUUCAGGCCCUGGGCGACUAUGGGUACCAGCACUUCCCGCUGACAAAAUACCCGAUGACAGUGCCGAUUUACAUCCUAAUGAACCUCGCCCUCCAGAUGACCGCGCUGCUGCUCUUCUUGUUCAGGGACCAGGACGCGGCGCUCGGCCACAGGGAGAGGCUCUUCGCUCCGGGGGUUUCCGGCCACGUCAACACGUACCCUCACCUCUACUUCCUCAGCAGUGUGCUUACCCUCCAGUUCAUCAUGAUGGUGGGCUCGGUCUUCAACUACGACCCUACUGGGUCGGAGUUCGACGACUUCCGGAGGAGACGACUGGAGCAGCAGGGGCACCAGAGCGGCAACCAGCAUUUCGCCUUCUCCCAGCCGAUGAACGCGGUGCUCCCAACGGUGGACUUCAGCGCGGGGCUCAAGAUUGACUGA